CAAGGCAAAAAGGGGGAAAUUGAAGAUAGUAAUGUCCUGUGAAUUCCAUGUGGGAGGAUCUAAAUACUACUUGCUUCACCUUGGAGUCCUUCUCUUCAUAGUGCUUGUCGUAGUCUUCUUUGGCUAUGGGCUCCUGAGCCCCAGAAGUCAAGAGAUGGGAGAGCCAGAAGCUGUGACUAGCAUGUUUGUGGAAGAGCUGAAUGUCCAGGAAGUUGUAACCCUGUCAAGGAUGGCCUAUUCCCAACCCAAGGUGCUAACACCCAGUAGGAAAGAUGUUCUUGUCUUGACACCUUGGCUGGCUCCCAUCAUCUGGGAGGGGACCUUCAACAUUGACAUACUGAAUGAACAGUUCAAGCUUCGGAACACCAGGAUUGGACUGACUGUGUUUGCCAUCAAAAAGUAUGUGCUGUUUCUUAAGCUGUUCCUGGAGACGGCGGAGCAGCACUUCAUGGUGGGACAUAAGGUCAUCUACUAUGUCUUCACUGACCGGCCGGCAGAUGUGCCACAGGUGCCCCUGGCUGCAGGGCGGCGGCUGGUGGUGCUAACUGUGCGCAACUACACCCGCUGGCAGGAUGUGUCCAUGCACAGGAUGGAGAUGAUCAGCCUCUUCUCAGAGCGGCGCUUUCUGCAUGAGGUAGAUUACCUGGUGUGUGCAGAUGUGGACAUGAAGUUCAGUGACCACGUGGGUGUGGAGAUUCUCUCAGCACUCUUUGGCACCCUGCAUCCUGGCUUCUACGGUAGCAGCCGAGAGGCCUUUACCUAUGAGCGAAGGCCAAAGUCCCAGGCCUACAUCCCCAGGGACGAGGGUGACUUUUACUACAUGGGAGCCUUUUUUGGAGGGUCAGUGGUGGAGGUGCACCAUCUCACCAAGGCCUGCCACGAGGCUAUGGUGGAGGACCAGGCCAAUGGCAUUGAGGCUGUGUGGCACGAUGAGAGCCAUCUGAACAAGUACCUGCUUUACCAUAAGCCUACGAAGGUGCUGUCCCCAGAGUACAUGUGGGACCAGCAGCUGCUGGGCUGGCCCUCCAUCAUGAAGAAGCUGAGAUAUGUGGCUGUGCCCAAGAACCAUCAGGAAAUCAGAAACAAAUAGCAGAAUUACUAUUGGAGAGGACAGACCUUCAGCCAAGGUGUACUCCAGGCUGUGUUGAAACUGGAAAGACUUGAGAGACAUUGCUAAGUGUCACCCUCUACCCCACCUCAGAGUUUAGUGGGCCCAGAACCAAUUGGCUUACCAAAAUCUUGAGCUCUGGAGUAGCCUCUACCUUCAGUUCCCACUAUGUCUCUCAGUUCCUUGUAUUCAGUGAGAUGGUAGAUGAUACUUCAGAACAUGGGGAAAGCCUGUCAUACAUUUACCUAAGGCCAUGUGCAUCACUCAGUUUUGUCAUGUCCCUUCCUCGGCUGAGAGGUUUUACUGAGGGCCAUUGCCAUUAGGAAUGGUCAGGAGGGCAGGGGGAGUCACCCUGCUGGCUGCAGAGGUGUUUAGCACCUGUUCAGCUUAUUUAAAGCAGGUCAGCAACCUUGCCUGUCACCACCGCUCAUUUUUUCAUUUAUUUGGGAAGAGCUAGAUCUCCAUU